AUGAGUUCAAAUCUACAGAAUUCAAAGAAUAAGUCAAAGAAAUCAACAGGAAGGCAGAAUGGUGGGCCAUAUGCUUGUACAACUACUCACAGUUCUUCUGGCAAUAAGUCCACUACCAAGACUUUAAUUGAGUACGAUAUGGAUGAAAGUUUGGAUAUCAAGAAAGAAAUCAUCCAAGAUCCAGAGAAAACUACUUCCGAGAAACGGAAUAAAACAUACGAGUCAAAAAUUUCUAACGUAUAUAUAAGAAAAGGUGAAAUUUUGGAUAUUAAGCACAUACUGCAAACCCGAAAGGAACAGGAAAUUCAAGAAUCUAAACAAGAAAAGAAGUAUAGGUGCGAAAAAUGUGCUCGAACCUAUAAAAAUAAAUCUUAUUUGAGUUUUCACCAAAAAUUUGAAUGCGGCUUGCUGCCACAGUUCAGUUGUAAAUUCUGUAACAAAAAAUUUAAACGAAAGUUUGUCAGGAAUGACCAUGUAGAUCGCGUGCAUCAUAAGGCAAGCUCAAAGAAAUCGGCAAUGAGGCACUACUGCGACUUAUGUACGCGAAGUUACAAGUGGUCAAAAAAUUUAUGUCGACAUAAACGUAUAGAUCAUGCAGCAGUCCAACCGCAAUUUAAUUGCGAUGUUUGCGAUUACAAAGCUAAACGCAAAUAUUACUUGACAAGGCAUAUUAUUUCAAAACAUCUCGAAAAAUAAUUAUUAUUAGUCACGCAAAUAUGAAUUACCGUUAUCAGUUGUAAACAUUUUUCGUCAAUGUUUUUUUUAUUUGGUAAAAUAUACUGCACUGAAAUCAAUUUCAUAAUUUAAGUUAAGAAAAAUGUUGUGUAUUAGAUGUAUAGGAAUAUAUUUGAUCCACAGUUAAUCAAAUGACUUUUCUACAUCGCAAAUAGUUUUAUUAUCAAAUUCUUAUUGAAUUUACUGAAGGAUCAUUUUUAAAGCAAAAUCAAAAACCCGCAAUGCGUCCUUGUAUUUCCCCCACAUCUGUGCACAAAAUUUUUAACAUUAAUGCUCGAAACAUCGAAAACUUUCAUUUGUUGAUUUGAAUUCUCUUUUGUCAAAGCUUCUUCGACUUUAACGAACACAUUGUCAUCACGUAUCUCGUGCUUUGCCCUCGAUUUUCUAAAAAAUUCGAACCUUUCUUCAUUAUGUCCAACACUAUUAUAUUAAACAUAUAUUACAUUUAUUUCUGUACCUCAGCCUCAAAAUCCUUAUUCAGAUGUUGGAAAAUAAAGUUCAAAUUACAUUGUAUUGGCAU